UUUUAUGCUAUCCUCUUCUCUUUGCCGUAAAGUAAACCACUCCUCAGUAAACACUCAGUUUAUUCUCUAGAAUUUUUUCGCCUUCAAAGCCAAUUCAGCACUAAUUUGAUAAUCACUGUUACUGUCUCUUAUUCCGUUCUUUCUCCAAAAUUUUCAGCGUCCUUAACGUUGCACUCGUCAAACUGAUACCAUGGUUGAGAGUUCAAUAUGGUUUGGCUGUUUAGUCUGGCUUUGAGUCGUUGAAUUACUCAAAUACCAAUGGGUUGACCCUGAUUGCAAGCACCUUCAGGUGGUAGUGCAACUAUUGAGACUAGUUUGUUGAUUUCUAAACCAAUGGAGGCCUAAGAAUGUCUGGGGGGUAUCAAAAUAGAAGUGAUUGGAACAAUAUAUCAUUUGGAGGGUGCAGUCAGAGCCAGUUUAACUACCAUCAUCAAGUUCCUCAUCGUGGUUGGGAUUACUGCUAUGGUGGUGGUACAUAUGUACCUCAUCAAACCUCUGGACCAACUAUUCAUGCUGCAGCACCAUUGCACCAGCCACAACCAAUGGCAUAUUGUAAAAUUUGUGAUGUUAAGUUGAGCAGUUACAAAGUGGUGGAACAACAUAAUAAUGGAAAGAGACAUCAAAGUAACUUGAAUCUACGUGAGGAAUUACAGGGACAAAGAAUUUCAAAUGGACUGAUUCCAAAUUCUCAAAUGAAUUUGGUAGAUCAACCUUAUGUGAGUUCUGAAGCCACUAUUGUCAAGCACAAAAAUCACCUGCAGAAAGAUGUAGGAGUUACUUCUGAAGUUACAGUUGAAGGAUGCAAAGAGAAUCCCAGGGAUAACACUGGCACACAGGGUCAUAGUUUCAAGCAUAAGAUUGGUGGGGCCAAAACACGUAAAUACAUUAAGACAAAUGAUGGAUUAAGAAGGCCUGUGGAAUCAUCAAAAUUCGAUGUCAAUGUAGAAACUCCAUUACAGGUAUCUGCAUUACCACCGCGGCCAAGGCUUAUAAAAACAAAUGGUCAGCCACAUGGUCUUGCAGAUUCUAAUAUUAUUAAUCCACCCAAAGAUGUGAGGUCUGAUUCUGCAGCAACAGCAACAAGAUCACCAGAAGUGACCUACUGUAAGAUUUGUGCGGUUUACAUUGUUAAUUCAAUGAAAAUGCAUAACAAUGGAAAGAGACAUCAAAGAAUGUUGAAGUGGCAUGAGAAAUUACAGAUGUCGAACAUUUCAAAAGGACAGAUUCCAAAAACUCAAAAGAAUGUAGUAGUUCAAUCUGGGAAAAAAGAAUGCUCACUAAAUUACAUGAGUUUUGAAACUACUAUUGCAACCAGGAAUAACAGUAGUGUACAUGAUCAUAAUUUCAAGCAUAAGAUUGGUGGAAACAAAGGUAAAUACAUGAAGACAAAUGAUGGGGUAAGGAGACCCAUGGGAUCAUCAAAACAAAAUAUCAAUUCUCUAUCAGAAUCUGUAGAAUCUCCUGUACAAAACUCAAUACCUACAUUGGCAUCACUGCCAGGUCCUGCCACUUCGCAGAUAUUGGCACCAACACUUAUUGUUAGAUCAUGUUUUGAGCCGCAGUUUCAACAUGUUUCAGCUUCACAGACACAUUUAUCAGAAGGCAAAGAACAACAUGAGAUUCAAAAUAUUACCACAGAAAUAACUGAUCAGCCACAUGCCCCUUUUAAAACACAGGUAUUAGAAAGCAAAGGACAUCAUGAGAUUCAGAAUCUCGCUAUGGAAAAAAAUGAUCAGGCAGAAUCAAUUUCAUUGAAGUUGCAUGUCCUAGUAGGCUCAGAUAUUAACACCCGAACUAAUGCAAAUUCUGAUGCUAAAGCAAUAGCAAUAGGACCAGCACAAGGCCUUAUGGAAUCUCAUGUGGAAGUAUCACCAGCAGUGGGAUCAAAUUUUGAAUCUCAAAUUCAACAUGUUUUACAUAUUGAAACAGAACUCAAAUUAUCUAAAGACACAGCAGAUUGCGAGAGUCAAAAUUGUACUGAUGAAAAAAACAAUCAACUGUUGCCAUCUGUUAUAGUGGAGUUCAAUUCCCCUUCAGGUUCCAGUACUAAUACUCAAACUGAAGAUGGAUGUUCUAAAGUUGAACAAGAGAUGACUAUUCUCACCAAUCAGUCUGGAAUAACAAAACUGUCUCAGCAGGUAGCUGUUUGUCUCAAGUGUGGUGAUGUAGGCUUUCCAGAAACACGUGUCUUUUGCAACAAGUGUCAGGUUUAUGCACUUCACAGGUAUUGUUUAGAUGGGCCUGUGAUUUUUACAGAUGAUGUUACUUGGUUUUGUGAGGAUUGUGAGCCAAUGAUAGUUGACACAUCUUUUCAUGAUCAAUGUACUCUUCUCUCAUCUGAAAAAAAUAUCUCUCUAAAUUCGGCAAAAGAGGCAUCUCAAGCUAGAAUAGAGCCACAAAGUUGCAUAGAGAGAGUAGAGAACAACAAGCAAAAGCCACAGAAUAUUGCAGCUGAAACAAAGGUGCUAUUAUCUGAGAAUAACAGUUUGUCUCCUCAUGGAUUAUCUCAAUGCCGUAACAACAGUGAAAUGGAAAAAAAGUUUGAGAAAGAGUGCCAACCAGUUCCCAGAGAUCAAGCUAAUACUAGGGAGGGGUCUAUGAUUGUUACUGUUCAGCCUGUUGCUGAUCCAGUCUGGAGGGGAAGUUUGUGCCUCUUGUACCCAAGUUUUGAAACUGUAAUUGGGCUUCUGUGCCAUGUGUCCACUACAGCAUGCUCCAAAGUUCUGGAGGAGACAAAACUUUUCCCUGACGUGUUUUGCCCGGACUUGCUUCAAAGAUCUGCAGUGUGGCCCAAGUCUUUCAUGGAACAUGGACCAAAUGAGGAGAGCAUUGCUCUUUAUUUCUUUCCCCAUAAUGAAAGUGUUGAGAGGGCCUUUCACAGUCUGGUUGAUGACAUGAUUUCCUCCGACCUUGCCAUAAGAGCUGAGGUUGAAAAUGCAGAACUUUUAGUUUUUCCUUCUACAUUACUCCCCAUCCAAUACCGAAGAUUUCAGAAAAUGUACUACUUGUGGGGGCUCUUCAGAGCAAAGAAAACUUCACGCAAUACAAAUAAUGCGGUGUGUGGAGAGGCUACUAGUGCUAGUUCUAGUACAGUUACACAGUAAUUCUGUCUCUACUAAUUGAUUUAGUGUGCACUAGUACAGUGAUAGUCAGUAAUGUUUGUUUAAUCUUUGUUUGAUUAAACUUUUGUUUUAGAUAUAUAAGUAGUUUUUAAUUAAAAUAUGUGAUUAAAAAUUAUGCCAAUUGAGUUUUUGUGUAA